AUGGCCCCCCAGUCUCGCCGCGGCUCCAACACGAACGACCCCUACCACCGCUACCUCCUCCUCUCCACCCAGCAGGAGACUCUCCGCCAGCGCCUGACGCUGCAGAUCCCGCCCACCAUGACCCACGAGCCGUCAUACUCUCCUCGCUCCUCCUUCUCGUCGGACUUCUCGACUCAGUACAGUCCGACGCACUCGCCCUCUCAGACGCCGGCAACGCCUCACCACACGGCCGCGCCCUCCAGCGCUGCCAGCUCAUCACCGACGCCCGACAUGCCGGGUGUCGUGCAAUCCGCCCACGCCUCGCACCACCCCCUCCGCACAGGCCAGCCCAUGCCGGAGGACAGCCAGCUGUACGAUGUCAACAAGCAGGUCAAGGCCGUGCUGACCGAGCUGCUCAACACGGACGGCGUGAAGCACGACGAACGUUUCCGCAUGUGGGUGCAAGGACGCCUCAUGGAGACGGAGAUGGAGAUGCGUCGUCAGCGCAGGAGACGCAGCAGCGUCGACAGAGAAGUGCUCGACAGCAUCGCCGAGCAUUUCUAA